AUGUCCGUACACACCAUCAAAACAAGGACAUUCCUCGCGGCCGUGCAGCCCAGGCGUGCAGUUAUUGUCGCUCGCGAAGAUCGAGAUGUGACGGAAAUUUGGAUGCUCCCUGCGUAUUUCGAGAAAUUUCAUCCCUACUGGCCGUUCCUCCACAGAGCUACGUUUGAUCCUAAUAAUGAACCUGCGUUCCUCCUACAAUCGGUCGCGAUGAUGGGAUUGUGGGUGUCCGAGGGUGGCCAGCACUCGGCGAUGGAUCUGCAUGCACAGCUGACCACGUCUAUCUAUCAACAGAAGGAUCGAUGGGAUGUAUCAAGCCGGCGUGGCGAACAGCAACAGGGUUGUCAUUCUAAUACUCCCGGAUCUAUCGAUCCCUGGCCGAUGGCAACCUACCAGGGGAUACUGCUACACCUCAUUUUCGCUCUUCUACAAGCUUCUGGUCGCGCUGGUCCGCAGCUGCCUGCAGCGAAACAUGUUUUCCUAUCCGACUAUGUUCGCGCACUUCAACUCUGCCUCAGUGCCGGACGUUUUAUCUGGGUCGGUAUUGAGGAAGUCAAACGUUUCGCCUUGGCCCUGUACAAAGUAUGCCGCCGAUGCCGCGUCGAUGACGUGAAACUUCUUUCCUUGGCCGACCUACAAUUUGCCAUGCCGGAUAGCGACGAGUUAUGGCAUGCUAGCUCUGGUCUGGCCUCACGGAUACCGGCGUCUUAUAGCGAUAGAAACAAGGAGGAUAAUUGGAUAUCGCAGGCGGCCAGGUUUCUGCAAUCUGAUGGUGCAGAUUUCGAUUGGAUCUGA